GACUCCAAACCUGACCAGCAAAAGAGAGAGUGGUAAUCACGUCUCCUAGGAAAGGGGACCUGCAUACUUGUCAGUAGUAUGAGAUCAUCUCUUAGAGUCUGUCUGUUACUCGGAGCAGUCAUCAAGGUUGCAUUAACUGAGCAAGAAUACAUAUGCGGUGUAGGACCUCACAAUUACACUAUCGACUCUCCAGCUUUUACCAUCUAUCAGCUAGUAGGACGAUGCGUUAAUCUAACUAUUCCAUUGGCGGGCAACAAAUCAGAGUCAUAUAGAUGGUAUUUCUCCGAAGGAAAUUCUAAAUUAGAAUCUAAAACAUUUCAAGUGCUACGUAACAAAGGAAUUUUCGAAACAAUCAACUCGAAUGCUACUAUACUUUUACAAAACUCCAGUUACAACGGAAUUCAAAUCGCUAGCAUUCAAGUUGUAAAUAAUAAGACAAAUCUUCGAGGCAAUUAUGUUACAAUUAACAUUGGCAACUUUCCUGCCGUUGACCUUCUAGACGCAACCAUUUGCGACAACAGCAUCUCAGUCUGCGUCAAUAUCACUGGCACUCCGCCUCCUAUUACUACCAUACUGGCCCUAGAAGACGUCAAUAUGGCAGCUAAAAAUCAAACUCAAUUUUGUUCUACUUUUGACAAACCUAGCGUUCUAAACAUUCUAACUGUCUUCAUUACUGCAUCUAAUUGUUUUGGAAGUACUACUGCAAAUGUAUUCAUUAGUUUUAUAAAUGAUAUUUCUCGCUGCAAUUUUACGACUUGCUCAGCUGUUGAAAGUUCCGUAUUGAAUCCUCAGCAGCUUGCUAGUACAGCAAGUGCUAUUUCGUGCAGCUUUACGUCCGUCACUCGAAAUCAGUCUGUUUCUUCGAGACCCACUAUUGCUUCGACAGACUAUCUUAGAACAAGUCCAUCUACAUCAGAUAAACAAACAAGUACUCCUGCAUCGAUCAAACAAACAAGUUCCACUACAUCAGAUAAACCGACAGGUUCUCCCAUGCAAGCAAAUUCAACUACAUCAGCUAAACAAACAAGUUCAACUAGAGGAAAUCAACAAAAGUCAAGUCAGUCGACAACUUACCAACAGAGAGUGAGUCUAACUACAAAAUAUCGUAACUUAGCUACCAAUUCAAUGGCAAGAGGAACGUCUUCUCCACCUCAGAAAGAUUCUAGCUCUCAAGGAAUUCCUGUAUACAUUAUUGUUACAGCAUGCGUUGGUGGACUAGUUUUGAUCGUCGUGAUCGUUAUCAUUAUUGUUUGCUGCAAACGAAAAUCAGCUCGCAAAAGAGAAUUGAACUCAGACCUUCAAACAACUGAACACAUUUAUGCAAACAGAGUCGAUUUAUCAACUGUCGAAUUACAAUCUGUACACGACACUGCAAACGAGGUCUAGGAAAGUGCUGAAUUCGAAUUUCCCAAUGCACGUGCAGCUCGCGAGGAAGAAGUGGCAGCUGAUCAUGACGAACACGACGAUGUAUACGAGACGGCAAUGCAGAACAAUACAGCUUACGGAACUACUUGAUGCGAUAUACUUCAGAAUGCAUUUAGCCACUGUGCUACUCAAUGAUAAAACACUUUUGCAUGGUGUUUGCAAAUGCGCUCGUAAUUUGCUGAAAACCGACGUCAUUAAUGUUAUAAGCAAACAUCAUAUAUACACGUACAAUACACACGUACCAAAAAUUAAC